AUGCAUGCCCUAGAAACCGCUGCCCAACAAUGGCUUGAGACCCUAUCGCGACGAAAGCCGUCUGCUGUAGAUGCCGAAGAUUUACGCGUAUCCCUUGAAUCUGGCGUAAACGGACUACUCAACUCACUAUCAGCUGUGAAAGAGCGCCUGAACGAACUCACGCUGCCGUUCCUUCUGCCUCCCGAACUGCUCGCUCAUGUGUUCUCUUUCUUGGCUUACCCCGAUGCGGCGAAGUCGGCCUUUACAGGCGAACGUAGAGCCAAGGCCUGGAGUUGGACGGCUGUUACGCACGUAUGUCGUAGAUGGAGAAGGACAGCCAUCAGCACUCCGUCGCUAUGGACGCGCUUAUCACCGGAUAUGCGACCACCAUGGGAGGUCUUUCUCGACCGGGCGAAGGACGCGCCCCUCAAGAUCGAUGGAUUCAACCAGUACAACGCCUCUCCCUUCCACUUCCGCCUUAUUCAUGGACACCGGCACCAUAUACACACCCUUGUGCUGACAGGGCUUAACCGUGCCGAUACAUGUGAUGCGGUCGCUUGCCUCAUCGGGUCAUUACCUAUGCUCGAGACCCUCCUCAUAAAGCCAAAGGACGCCUAUGAUGACCCACCGGAGCUUCCACCGAACUUUCUCUCAGACGUCGCUCCCCGUUUGCGGGAGCUCACUCUUGUCGGUGUGCGAUUUCCGUGGGAUACCGGUUCUGCACUACUCAAGACAUUCCGGCACGAUGUUCGCCCUCGCCGGUUUCGGAACCACCAACCUUCGCCCGCACAUCCAACUCUUUCUACUGUCUUGCGUACUUUGCAGCAGAUGCCAGCACUUGAGACGCUUGUCCUAGAGAUAUAUCCGCCUGCCGGAAGUGUCGAUUCGUUGACGUUUAGCCACGGCUCUAAUACCGUAUCUUUGCUCAAUCUUCGAGCGCUGCGACUAGCGAGCCAUGACGACUCAUGCUGGCACCUGUGGUCAAGACUUCGCAUGCCGCCAACUGCGAUAUUGUCAAUAUGUGCCAUGGAGAGGAACCAGCCCAUUGCCUUGAUCGCGGAUCUCCUGAGACGAUGCGUUCUUGCGUCCCCGCUCCCCAACUUCUCUUCGAUCGACGUCUCAUUCUCAGAAUCUCGAGAACCGGGCAAGAACGUCGUCAUCAAGCUGGGGAAGGGGGCGCACCAGUCAACGUACAGCGACCCCGGUUAUCAAGAUACCACAGCACGCGUACGAUUCACGGAGCCCGUCGUUGUCCUUGACAUCUGUACCGAUAGGCAUGCGAAUGACAUGGUUGUUCGGGAGAUACUGAGAGAUGUCCAUUUCGACAACAUACGCAUACUCUCCAUAUCGUUGGAAUCGAACGCCCCCUGGGACAGCACGGUGUUCUACGACACAUUCCUCCGCCUUCGCUCCGUCACCACCUUCAAACUCUUCGGGAUGUGUGCAGCAGCUGCAAGCAUUUGCGCGGCGCUGGUGCCCAUCUCCCCGCCCGAACCGGGGUCUUCGUUCACCAGUGGCGGGCACGCCAGCGAAAUCAUAUUCCCAGCUCUAGAAGAGCUGGAUUGCUUCAGGGUCGACUUUUCGACGUCCGCCAGAAAUCGCACCGGGCAUGAAUUACUCGGCCGAGAUGCUUUGACUCAGAUGCUUGAACGUCGCGUAAGCUGGUUCGGCAUGCGAUUGCGCAAGCUUGGAAUCAGAGCUUGUCAGAUCAGUAAUGAGGAGGUGGACGUAUGGGAGAAGUACGUUCGGACGUGA